GUCAGAUAGUUGCGCAGCGUUUGACCAUCUGAGCAACGUUCUGGAUGGUUUGUAAAGGUUUUAGUUUUACUUAUGGAUGUAUCUGGUCAAGAUACAAGCGAUCACUGCACUAAUUCAUCUGAAGGACCUGUAACCGUUGCACAAGCGAAAUAUGAUCCGUUUUUUACACGAAACCUACGAGUUAUUGAGGAUUUAUUAAUUGAUGAGAAACGAUAUCACAGCACUCCCGGUUUCUGUGUUUCACAAUCUCCUGCAAGAACCACAUGGAUGAGACGAUCUCUUCUGAAUUGGCUACGAGAUAUCUGUAUCCAUCGUGGGACUGAUGGUGAAGUUCUAGCACACACAGCACAGCUGAUUGACCGUUAUAUGCACAUAGUGCCAACUGAGCAAAAUGAGUAUCAACUUGUGGGUGCAACGUGCUUCUUCAUCUCUAGCAAACUGAAAGAAACUGUACCUAUAGCUUUAAGAAAAGUCACAGAAUACACAGCCAAUUCGCUGACAGAACAGGAUGUCUUAGCCAAAGAACUUACAGUGUGUAUAUCACUCAUGUGGGACUUGACUUGCAUUACCCCAGUAGAUUUUGUCGCUCCUGUGGUUGAGUUCCUUGAGUUCGUACCUAGCUUGCGUCAAAUUAUUCGUCAGGCUGCACUUUGUAUAUAUGUUAAAGCUUUUCACGUUGAAGAGAUUAGUACUUAUAUGCCCAGCUAUAUAGCAGCAGCAUGUAUUCUUUAUGCUUUGAAUCUAACUGUACAUCGGGAUUUAAGUGAUACUGCUAUCAGAUCAGUUACCCGUAUUCAGCGAAUUUUAAGGCUUGAAGCACGCAAAAUGCGUGAAGCAUAUCAGAUUCUUCAAGCUUGCUUUGAACCUGGAACUGUGCAACUAUCAAAUGCUGUGUUAGAAGGUGAUAUAGAGCCCCCUGAAAGUCCCGUUCGUGAAGUACCGGUUCAUCUUGUCCAUCAACUACAUUCCUCUUCUACAACACCAGUCAACACGACUGUAUUACUUCCACUAGCGACUAGUAUGUAUAUCCACCCACAUCUUAACUCGUCUAAUCAGUCUUCACUAACUUCUGUUGAUAUUCCUUCUCUAUCUACCUCCAUGGUUUUUGUAAAUAAUAGCGUAAGCUUUGAUCGUAAUUGUAAACCCACAACGUCCGCUUCUCUUUCAGCUUGUUCUACUUCAUCCCCUCCUUCAGAAGCUGAAAAUAUGGGAUUAAGUGAGCUAGAAAAUGAACAUUCUCGAUGCGCUUAUAUUAAUCGAUCCCGGUUAUCUAUGCCGUUAAUUCAUUAUUCUCAUUCUACCCAGUUUUGUCAUUCUAAUGUAUCAGCUACUGAUAAAUUAAGCGAACGCAAACUGAUCCCAUUAGUUUGGGAAAAUCCAGUUUCAAAUCGGACAAAUCAGUAUAAGUAAAAUCCAUACAUCCGUUAUUGCAUUUCAGUUGUUCUUCUAAACAAUCAGUCAGUUGUAUUUAUUAAUUUCUUUACUUGUAUUUCUUUGUAUUUCAUUUUUAUGGGACAGUUGCUUGCUACUUUUGAUAACCUUUAAUCUAAAUCAGUUUUCCAAAUAUAUUCUCAUUUUCGCUUUACUUAAUUCCACAAACGCUGACACAAGCUGUCUACCCCAUAUGUGUUUCAUAUAAAAGCUCUUACUUUUGUACACAAUUAUGUUUUUAAUUGUGUUUGGGUGCACAUAUACUUGGUUAUGUUCAUCGGUUUACCAUUCCUUCACUAGUUGUGUGUUGGGUUUAAUUUUUUUCGCU